AUGAAAACACAUGGUCAACUGGAAAAAAACGAUGUCUUUGUGUCCAGCAGCAGCCGUAUGCAGUGCCUGCAGGUGGACUCGGUCCAGCGAUGGAUGGAGGACUUACGCCACAUGACGGAGGUGGAGUGCAUGUGCGUGCUCCAGGCCAAGCCCAUUGAGGUGGACGAUGACACCCAGCAGGCUGAGCUCAUCGUGAGCGGCGGGGCUGGGGCAGGGGACCAUGUGGCCCGCAACAACCUUCAGACGUUACUUCGCCGGGCUCUGGUGGUCAGCACUGAGCUGGGCAAGAUGUUCCAGCGGCUAGAGAAGGGACGCUGGCAGAGGGUCCACAGCACAGCGGUGCGGGCGAAUUGCCACGUGCGCUCUUUGGUUCACGAGUACAGUGCAGCACGAAGCACGCCACCUGAGAUGCAGAAGUAUGAGACGUCUCUUCUGGAGAAGUGCAUGGAGCUGACUAAUAUCACAGAGAGGUGCCUUCACACUGAGGACGAGUUCUUCUUGAAGUCCAUGAGAGAUGCCAUCCAUGAGAUCCUGACUGAUGUCAGUGAUUCAUUCAGCAACAUGAUUGACAUGGCCUUAGCCAAUGAGAUCCAGAUUCUGAUCAAACAAAUUGAGUCUUCAGACAACAUUCACACCAUCGGCAGUGCCAUCAGUAACCUGCUGUCCCUCACCCAAGAUGGUCCACAGCUCUGCAGCAUCAUUGCAAAGGAAGGAGCGGUGGUGUCGCUGUUCAAAAUCUGCAGACAGGAUCGCUUCAAGGGCCUCUACGCUCACGCUCUGAGGACUGUGGCCUCCAUUUGCUGCGUGGAGGAAGGCAUCAAGCAGCUAGACAAGGUGGAUGGCAUUCUGUGCCUGGCGGACAUUUUGACAGACGACAGCAGCGUGGAGGCUGCGCGGGCCGAGGCGGCUGCAGUGGUGGCUCAGAUCACGUCGCCUCACCACACAUCUACGCAGCACCUGGCCAGCUUCCUGGAGAGCAUGCACGACAUCGUUACUGCACUCAUUAACUUGUGCGAGAGCGCCUCCUGUGGUGAAGUCUUCCUCCUGGCGUCAGCGGCCUUGGCCAACAUCACGUUCUUUGACAGCAUGGCCUGUGAGAUCCUCCUGCAGCUCAAUGCCAUCCAUAUCCUUCUGCAGGCCUGCAAGGACCGCCAGAGAGUGGAUACGCCUUACUCUAAGGACCAGGUGGUGACAAUCUUAGCCAACCUCUCUGUCUUGGAGCAGUGUGCUUCUGAAGUCCUGCAGGAGCAAGGCAUCGAACGUCUUCUUCUGCUGCUGGGAGAGAAGCCGUCCUCCUCCAGCCCGUCUGAGGGUGCCGCCUGCGAACGUGUCCAGCAGAAGGCCGCCGUCACGCUGGCACGUCUUAGCAGAGACAACGACGUGGCCAUGACGGCGAUUCAGCUGAAAGCCGUCCCUCGUCUCAUUGAGCUGUGUCGCUCCCCCACUGAGAGAAAUAACAGUGAUUCGGUUUUGGUCGCUUGCCUGGCGGCCUUGAGGAGGCUGGCAGCAGGGUGUCCAGACAGCAUCGAGGCUUCCGACCAUCAGCAGCUGAUCAAACCGCGGCUGGUGGACUCAUUCCUGCUGUGCUCCAACAUGGAGGAGAGCUUUGUGUGAAGUGACGGGUGCUAAAGUGCGACAGCGUGACGGCUAAUGAGCCGUUGAGCUUCAGCAUGUCUUUAACUGGAUCUGGACCAGCACGGCCACUGACAUUAUGCAAUGUACACUGUGGAUGCACAGUGGGGAAAAGAAAUAUUUGACCCCCUCACAAAGAUAUGAACGGAACAUCAUUUUUAUGGUUGGUUUAUUUUAUCAAAGAGGAAUGUAAAUGUAUAUUUGAUUGAGAGAAAUAAGUAUUUGAUCCCUAAGCUUUGGUGGAAAGCCUGGUUGGCGAGCAGAGAAACAGAUCAGAUUGUUGCCACCUACUUUAUGCCCCAAGAGCUCAAUUUUGGUGUCAUGUGAUCACAUCUUCUUUAGCGGAGGGACUGUAGGAUCUCAAACUAUUACGGCAAAGUGUGAUACUAAUGCUUUUUUUUUUUUUUUUUUUGCUGACUGUGCUCCCAACUCCCGUGACUUCACGAAAUAGGUCCACCUUCAGCUGACUGUUAUCUUGUAUUUCUUACAGUUUUGAAUUAUUGCACCAAAAAGCUAUAUCAUAUUUACUUUUUUUUUACUCCCACAUUCCAAAAACAUGUAAAUUGGCAAUUCUAUAAAUUGGCCAUGACCGUGAGUGUAAAUGAUUGUUUGUCUGUAUGUUCCCUGUGAUUGGCUGGUGAUAGCUGGGAUAGGCUCCAGCAUACCACCGCAACCCUAGUGAGGAUAAGCGGCAUAAAAGAUGGCUGAAUGUUCAUCACAUGACAUGGAUCAACUAAAUCAUGAAGUACAACGGCACUCUAUUAGUUUUAAGAAUCAGAUGACUGCAAGCAGUUAUUCUUACAACAGUUGUUCCCUACAACAUGUAGACUUUGUUAUUAUUCCCAAUGAACAUAUUUCAUCCUGUUUUUGUUAUUUAAAUAUGUCUUGUAUGCAAAGCAUGAAAUAAAGACAA